UUUUGGGGAAGUUUCGAGUCGGACGCGCGCGUGGGAUGUUUACUUCGGGCUGGGACACCGAAAUAGCAGCUUGGUUAGGUCGCGAUUUUCAGAAAACUCGAGUUUGUAGAUGAGUUGAGUUCAUGGCGAAUAUGAAAUAUGAGUCAGCUGAGACCUUGCUGUCCAUGAAAAAUGGUGGUUAUCCAUCGUUGGACGAGAUAAAAACCGAGAUUGAUGAGGAUUCGAUGGACAUUGAUCACAACAAUUCGUUCGAGAUGGAGACUGAGGAUUCAGAACCUGUACCAGAGCUGGGACCUGCAGCUCUGGGGUUGCAGAGAGUCGGAACGAAGCCACCUCCGAAGAAACAGAAUCCUCCACAACCAGUUCAGGUUUUGAACCGACGUGGUAUGCCAGCCAGAAUCAGGAAGAAGAAUAAAUUGUUCUAUGAUGAUAUCCUGGUUAAUCACCCACAUCACAGAAUAAAGAAAGAACCAGGAACGAUAGACCUAAAGCCCUCUCCGCGGAAAGUUCCUCGUCCCUCUCCACCGAAGCGUCAAACGCGUUCUUCCACGGAGCCCAAAAAAAUAAUCCCUCAGACUCCGCCACCGCCUCCACCCCCAAAAACUCCCAUCAAAAUGGAGAAAGAGCCAGAGAAGCCCCUGGCCCCGGGUUCCCCAGACCGUAAAGUUGGCCAGAAAAUAGGAAUGCGCCUUCGCAACCUCCUAAAGCUCCCCAAGGCCCACAAAUGGGUCUGCUACGAGUGGUUCUAUAGCAACCUCGAUAAGACCCUCUUCGAAGGCGACAACGACUUCAUGAUCUGCCUGAAGGAGUCCUUCCCCCAGUUGAAGUCCCGAAAAUUGACGAGAGUGGAGUGGUGCAAGAUCAGAAGGAUGAUGGGAAAGCCUAGAAGGUGCUCCCAAUCUUUCUUUGAGGAAGAGAGAAGAGAAUUAGAACGCAAGAGGCAGAAAAUCAGAAUGCUCCAGCAGAGGAAGUCCGCUGAUGCCAACAGUUUCAAGGACUUGCCUCCAGAGAUACCUUUGCAGCUGGUGAUUGGAACGAAGGUGACAGCAAGACUGAGAAAGCCCCAAGAUGGUCUCUUCACUGGAAGUAUCGAUGCAGUGGACACAAGCAAUAACACGUACAGAAUAACCUUCGAGAGAGCUGGUCUAGGCACGCACAGUGUUCCAGACUACGAAGUUCUAUCCAAUGAGCCACCAGAGACUAUCAGUGUGGCCUCAUUCGCUCAGAAAUUCCGCCCCCGACACGUCCAGUACGUUCCAUCACCUCCUUACGCCCUGAAAUUACGUUCUCCGAGGCUCAACAGUGACCCUCUGAUCUCCAAUGCCUCAGUCUCAGUCCCCAAGAAGAGCCACAUCGGUGGUACAAUGAAUGGCUAUCCCCUCAAACUCCUGGAGUUCAUGGUAAAGGUCAACAAAAUCCUUGCAGCCAAGAAAAUCAAGAUCAAGAAGCUGAAGGAGCUGAACACUGAGGCUGAGAAGAAGAGAUCCUUUGGCGAGUGUUUGUCACCUGAUUUCGAGAGAAAAUAUGCUUCCGUUGUUGUGGAACUCGAGAAAAUGAACACUGCUCUCCAGGAGUUCUUGAACGAGGUGCAGGAGCUCUGCCAGGAAAUAGCACCUGAGCCCUCGGUCGCUGCAAUGCUGGUACCCUCACACUUGAGGGAAAAGUGCAAACAGGAAGCUGCUGAUAUGGUUUCCAGGAAUAACAUUAUUAAUGAUAAAGCGCCUACGAAGAUGAACCAGUUGGUUACUGAUUUAACUGCUCUUAUGCUCCAAGUGAAGUGUUUAUCAGAUUCCGAUCGUAACGCAUACGAGCUAAAAGUACUCCAGGGAACAAUGGAUCAGAUAAGAUCACGACUGAAUCCCCAAAAUCAACAGGUGUUUCAAAAUUGCGUAGAAAUUCACAUGCAGCACAUACAACUUGGUCUAGGCCAGACAGGAUCAUUAACUCCAUUCAUGGCACCGAAAGCCUAGCAAGAGGAGGAUAGUAAUUACCGAUGAAGUACUGCAGAUCAGAGAGUUCAAUUAUAAUGAUCAUUUGUAUAGAGAUAUAUCAAUUAUUAUUAUGAGGAAGAUUGCCCGGUUUGGAAUAGUGAGGCAUCGCACCUUUGUACAUAUAAAAUGAUGCUUUUGACACUAGCACUUGCGAUGAUAUCUCUGUGGACUCUCCACUUCUACUGCCAGUUAAUUUUUUUUUUUGGUUUUUCUCUUAUUUUCCAUUAGUUUCUCCUGAAUUUUAGAAAUUAGUUGGAAAUCGUUGAUUAUGUAAUACGAAUUUUAUUUCAUCCUUUGGAUUUAAUGAGGGACAUGGCAUGAGGUGUUCUAGUCUGGCUCUGGAAGUAAUUAAAGGAAUUGUUGAGGUGAGUGAGAAUGAGAGAAUAAUUUAUUGGAAUUUAAGAAAUUGAAAAUUAAGUCUCCAUUCUUGUUAUCAGUAGUCGUUAGGAAUCGAUUGCUCCUUCGAAAAUUAAAUAAAGUAACGAUAAUGUAUAUGCUUAUUGUAUAAUGGAGAAACAUGAUAUUUUAUGUAAAUUUAAUAACUAUUAAAGUUUGAAUCUAGAACACCGUAUGAAA